AUGUGGUCCGCCUCUAUGCGCGAUGCCCUGUGCUACUACAACAAGGCGGUCUGUCGCCUCCACGCGCGAAUUCCUGCCAGCGCUGGCGGCGAGAUCGAGACGACGUUGCUCUGCUGUCUCCUCCUCGCCGCCUUCGAGCUGCUCCGGGGCUACCACAGGGAGUCCCAGGUCCAUCUCCACGGUAGUGCAGGCCUCCUCCAGACGUGGCAGGAUAGUCAGAACGGCAGCCGUGGCGGAUCCUUAUGGUCGCCCCGGGCUUACUUCAUCCGCGAGAAGCUGGGCCCCUUGUUCUAUCGCAUGGCAUUCCAGGCCAGCCUGUUUGGCCAUGUACAGCCAACGUCUUCGUCGUGGCCGAAACACGGACCCGGGGGCGCCACGUUGGUGGCCUUCAUCAGCGACACCCACGACAGCAACAAGAAAAGGAUCACUCACGAUGAUGCCAGACUGCGCAUCGCCAGCCCAACAGAGGCUCGCGAUACGCUGUACUGGCUGAUCUGGCAUUUGCACCUGUUGCCCGAGGGCCGACACCAUCUCCUCAAGGGCGCUCAAACACAGCGGGCGAGGGCCAAGGGCCAGGACAGCUUCAUCAGAGGCCUGCAACAGUGGCAAGACACUCUCUUCGAGUACCUCGAGAGACAGUCCGCCGGCGGCGGCACGAGCUCCACCAUGCUGAAGCUGCUUUACGCGGCGGCGCGCGUCAUCAUCCCCACCUUCACGUCGAAAGACCAGAUGGCCUUUGACAACUUUGCCACGCAGUUCCGCGACAUGACGGACCUGGCCGAGGCCUUGCUUUUCCCACCACCCUCGCCCCAGCCUCCGUCCUCGUCGGCGCGCCGCGACGACGUCCCGUGCUUCUUCUCCCUGGACAUGGGCGUGCUGUAUCUGCUGUACCACGUGGUCAUCCGGUGCCGCGUGAGGGCCACGCGGCAUCGGGCGCUCGCGCUGCUGUGGCGCGCCCCGGCCUGGCGCGAGGGCGUGUGGGACGGCGCGGCGACGGCGCUAAUGGCCGGGCGCAUCGUCGCCCUCGAGGAGCAGGCGGCUCGGCGGCAGGGUGCCCAGACUGGCGCGGACGGCGAGGGCAGCUUCUUCAUCCCGGCGUCGGCGCGCGUGUGUUCGGUCAGGGCCGAGACCGAUCUGGAAAACCGCAAGGUUGUAUUGCGGUGUGGGUGGCAGGAGGACACGUGGUGCAGCGAGGAGCUGUUAACAUGGUGAUCUGUCUCGGCAAGGUAACUAGCAACCUUUUGUGGCCCCGUGAUAGCUAGCACAUAUUGUCCCCUAAUCUGGCUGAGAAGCAUAAGACACAAGAAGCUUCAGCCUUGUCCACAGCUCGAGAACGUUGUUGAUGACAAGGCUCGAGUGGGUUUCGUGAUCGCGGCCUUCUUACACGACUACUGGCUGGGUAUACAAGUCUAUCUGUCUGCAUAGGGGG